AUGAAGGACUUCAUGUCAAGAUGGCAUCUUACCGCAUGGGAUGUGGGGCUUAUGACCUCGGCGCUGGAGCUAGGGUCACUUGUUGGUGCACUUCUUGCUGGUGUCUCCGCCGACAAGUUCUCUCGGCGACAGUCCAUCUUUGCCGCAUGUGCUGUCUUCACUGUCGGCUCUGCUCUUCAAUUCGGCGCGCAAUCGCCGAAUCAUCUCAUUCUCGGCCGAGGCAUCGGUGGUCUUGGAGUGGGUGCAUUGAGUAUGCUCGCUCCGCUUUACAUGGCCGAGAUCAGUCCCCCAGAAGUGCGGGGGUCUCUUAUGGCCUUGGAGCAGUUUGCGAUAGUUCUUGGAGCAGUGCUUGGUUUCUGGACGGGGUUCUUCACUCGCGAUUUAGAAGGCUCCGCUUCAUGGCGCAUUCCACUCGGCAUUCAGCUCAUCCCGGGCGUCCUUCUCGGGCUCGGGUGUUUGGCACUACCGGCCUCUCCUCGUUUACUUGUCUCGCAGGGUCACGUCGACGAAGCUCUCAGUGCCCUAGCCAAGCUCCGUCUGCGUCCUUCCUCCGAGCAGAAUACGGACCCGUUACUUCAGAUUGAGCUUCUCGAAAUGCAAGUCGAAGCGGCUCUCAUUGAGCAGAGCGCCGGCUCCGUCAAGACUAGCUCCAUAGAGAGGGAGCUUUUGGCCUGGCGCCGCCUAUUUGGUCCCAAACUCUUAAGGCGUACCCUUAUUGGUGUCCUCAUGAUGGUCUUCCAACAAUGGAGUGGAAUCAACGCUCUACUCUACUAUGGUCCCACUCUGAUGCAAUCCCUCGGUCUCCAAGGAGACUCAGUGACUCUGAUGUCUGCCGGAGGCAUUGGCAUCGUACAGUUCAUCGCCGUCCUACCUGCGAUAGCCUAUAUCGACCGCUUGGGCCGCCGACCACUCCUUCGCUGGGGCAGCUUGGCUAUGGCACUCUCGCACCUUCUCAUCGCAAUUUUCAUCAUCGUCUACGGCAGCUCGUGGUCGGAGCACCCAGCCGCGGCAUACGCCUCCCUCGCGUGCGUAUACGCUUUUACCGCCGCCUACGGCGUAAGCUACGGUCCCAUCGGCUGGAUCCUGCCCUCCGAGGUCUUCCCCCUGUCCGCACGCAGUCAGGGCGUUGCGCUCUCCACCGCGUCCAACUGGAUCAACAACUUCCUCAUCGGGCUCCUUACCCCCGUCCUCAUAGAACGCUCCGCGGCGGGCACGUUCCUCAUCUUCGCCGCCGCCUGCGCCGCUGGCUACGUCUGGGCGACGCGCUGCGUACCCGAGACGGCCAACGUCUCGCUGGAGGAGAUCGAUGCCGUCUUCGGGUCGUCUGCCGCUGCGGAAGACGCUGCCCUGAAGCAUCAGAUCGCAGAGGAUCUGGGCCUGCCCGAGCUCGUGAGGCGAUGGGCGAAUGCAUCUGUACAUCCUGACCAUACGGAUUGA